GUCAUCACCAGAAAAAGACGAUUAUAUGCGAAGAUACACUUCUCUUGCUUAACGCGAGUUUUAAAAAAACACUAAUUAGCAUAAGUGAACCGUAUUGUUUUUACGAAUACUGACGUAACUGCAAACUUGUUUAGUGUGAACAUGCAUAAGAGCGUACGACCUUCGUGCUACCUUGCUUUAGAUGUGAAGAGUAGAAAUUUACUAUAAUUAGUUGCUAUAUUUAUAUUUAUAUUUAAAUAAACACAAUUUAAAAUGUCAACAAAAAUAUGGGAACAAAUAAAGUUGAUUGAUGUUACUUGUGCCAACAUUUUAAAAAAUUUUGAUCUUUGCAAGGAUGAAGACCUAAAAUGGAUUUGUUUUGAAGAUUUAAAGACAACUAUAUUUCCAGGAGAAAGUGGUAAAGUAAUUGUUCAAAGGGGUAAAGUUUGGAAAAUAAUCUCAGCAAAUAAAGUCCCAAUUGCGCUUUCUUCCAGUUGCAUCAGUGUUGAUGAACCUACUAAUUUGAAGGAAUUAUUUCAAGAGGAUAUGGCAAAAGAUAAAGAUUGUGUUCCAGAAGUAUUAAGUGAGGAAGAGGUGAUGCAAGACACAAGAAAAGAUGCUUCUGAGGAGUCUUGUGAGGAAGAGGUAAGGGAGAUCAAGAUAGAGUAUGACUCAGAAGAAUCAAGUAAGGAGAAAAAAAAAAAAGAAGGAAGAGAUUUUGUAUAUUUUGUAAAAGACAAUAUGCUGCUCUUUCACGUCAUAUUAAACAAAAACACAAAGACGAACCCAGAUUGAAAAACCUAAAUAAUGAAUCCAUGAAAAAAGAACUUGAGUUAAUAAGAAGGGAAGGAAUUAUAGCAGUGAAUAGAGAAGAAGCAAAAAAAGCUAUCCCCGUUUAUCAAGCAGAAAGAAGAUCUAAGUUUGAUUUUAAAAAUAAUAUUGAAGAGCAAGACUUAACAACUUGUCCAAACUGUCUCAUAACUUUAAAAAAGAAACAAUUUUCACGUCAUAAAAGAAGAUGUCAAUUUUUAAGUUAAAACAUUACAUUUAACCGCCAGUGUUCAUACGCUCUAGUGGAUUCUACUAUAGACUUCACAUUUAACCGCCAGUGUGUAUAUAUUCUAGUAGACUCAGAUUAUAAACUUCAGCUAGUAGUAUAAUUUAAAAUUUUUUUAAAUUUCUUUUGAAUUUUUCGAACUUAUAAAAAAGAAAUAUAUUUAA